GCCACAUAACCUCAUCUGCUUUCAUAUAUUUUGCGCCCUUCAAUCUUGUUACCUCUUCAUCAAUGACUACGAAACUAUUCCCAACUGUCCAUUCAGCUUCAUCUUCUCCAGUUUUACACAGAAAACAGUGUAAUUUUAUGUCUGUCCGAUGUUGCGAAGACAGUGCUCCUAGAAUAAACCAUAAAUUGCCUCACGAUGACAAUGAUUUGGCCAGUUUUCCUGAAAAAAUUCGUUAUCCACCGAAGCAGAAGCCGCCUAGGCCACGUCGAAUAAUUCUCGUACGACAUGGGCAAAGCGAAGGAAAUGUUGACGAGUGUGUUUAUACGAGGGUGGCUGACCCUAAAAUUCGACUCACCCAGCUGGGAAUAUUGGAGGCCGAAGAAUGUGGGAGAAAAAUAAGGGAGAUGAUUGAAAAAGAUGGAGCAGAGGAUUGGAAGGUAUAUUUCUAUGUGUCUCCAUAUAAGAGGUCCCUAGAAACCUUGAGAAAUUUGGCUAAGGCAUUUGAAAAAUCAAGAAUUGCAGGAGUCAGAGAAGAGCCUCGAUUGAGAGAGCAAGAUUUUGGAAAUUUUCAGGACCAAGAACAAAUGAAGAUACAAAAAGCUGCUCGGAAGCGUUAUGGUCGAUUCUUUUAUCGGUUUCCGAAUGGAGAAUCGGCUGCAGAUGUCUAUGACAGAAUAACAGGGUUUCGGGAGACCCUUAGAAGUGAUAUUGACAUUGGAAGAUUUCAACCACCCGGACAACAAAGCCCAAAUAUGAACAUAGUGAUAGUCUCACAUGGCCUUACUUUGAGAGUGUUCUUAAUGAGAUGGUAUAAGUGGACUGUGGAGCAAUUUGAAGGGCUUCAUAAUAUGGGAAAUGGAGAAAUUAUUGUUAUGGAAAAAGGUUAUGGAGGAAGGUACAGCCUGUUAAUGCACCAGACAGUAGAGGAACUAAAGAAGUAUGGAUUGACAGAUGCAAUGCUGAUUGACCAAGAAUGGCAAAAAUUUGCAAAGCCAGGUGAACUCAAUUAUGAUAGUGAGAUAACUGGACCAUCUUACUUUACACACUUUGGUGAAGAACAUGAAAUGAUGUAGUACAUUUGGUGCCCCAUGAUAUUUGCCAUGUAUCCCAAAGCAAUUGCGUUAGAUAAAGGUGUGAUGUCAGCCUUGAAGUGAGGGAAAUCAGAGUGUAAUGAUGAUGUUCUCCAAAUGACGUCUGCAGUUCGUUUUCGAAGAUAAGUCGAGUUGAGUUGGAAGUUGUACGAAGUUGAUCUGAAUUGAGCUGAGAGUUCCGUCUUGACAUGACGACCCUUAAACUGAACUUAAAACCAGUUUUAAUUACUUUGAUGAAGUCUAAAAUUGGUAGAGGAAAACAAUAUAUAUGUUCACCAUCAACGU